UCUUCCUGCCUGUCUACUCCUGAAGGGCACACCUAAGGUGCAGGCAGAGAAGGGGUUAAAGGUGGAUGUGCUCAGAGGAAAGGGAAACACCCUACACUGCUAGGCUCUGAGUCAGUUUCACCUGAAACUCUACAGGUGGUGGAGAGAAAACCAGAGAACAGGCACACGGAGUAGCUACUAGAGCGGGGGAAAGGGAAGUGGGACCCAUGCAGUAGGAAGGGGGGGGAAGUCAGACAAAGCUGGAGGAACCUGGGCUGGAGGACCCUAUCUCGGCUACUAAGCAGGCAAAGGACUGGGCUAUACUCAACAAAGAAGAACCCGGAGGCGUCACACCUGCACCUGGAACCUAGUGUCGGAGCAGAACAUCCGGGUCCGCCGCGCUUGGAAAGGAAGAUCGGAGCUUGGAGACGGAGAGAAAAGACCCGAGUUAAGAUGGCCAGCGGCAGAGCCCUGCUCCAGGCUGGCCUCCUGAUCCAGCUGCUGAUGGCUGCUGUUCUGGGUCAGGAGGGAGGAGAGGAGGGAGCGUCCUUUGGCGAAACCUGCCUGGCCCAUUUCACUGCAGGGAUGCCUGAGUUCGUGCUGGACACUGAUGCCUCGGUGCAGAAUGGGGCCACCUUCCUGCCCUCCCCCCCGGUUCAUCGGGGCAAGGAGUGCGUGCGGGCUUGCUGUAAGGAGCCUUCUUGCAACCUGGCCCUGGUGGAGCAGAAGCCACACGAGGGGGAAGACCGCAUCGAAGCCUGCUUCCUCCUGAACUGCCUCUACGAGCAAGCUUUUGUCUGCAAGUUUGCCAGGAAGGUGGGCUUUCUCAACUACGUCAAGAGGGACGUGUACGAUGCCUACGUGAAAGUGCGGGACCAAGGACAUGGUGGUGAUAAGCCUCCCAUAGCCCGUGCUGGGAUGGACAUGAAGGUGCAGCCUCAGGAGCCAGUGUUACUGAGAGGCACAGAGAGCUCAGAUGACCAUGGGAUUGUCAGUUAUGAUUGGAAACUGCUGCUUGGUGACACCUCUAUGGUGCUGGAGGAAGAGGAAGAUCAAGCCAAGAUCUCCAACCUGCAGGAGGGGCAGUAUGUCUUCCAGCUCACUGUCACAGACAGUGCUGGCCAGCAGGACUCCACCAACAUCACAAUCAUGGUCCUGACAGCUGAACAGACUGAAGAGUUCUGCUUGGCUCCUAGUAAGGUGGGUCGGUGCCGUGGGUCCUUUCCCCGCUGGUUCUACAAUCCAGCGUCUCAGCAAUGUGAGAAAUUCACCUUUGGGGGCUGCAAGGCCAACAAGAAUAACUACGUACGGGAGGAAGAGUGUAAACUUGCCUGCAAGAAUGUUCAAGGUUCUUUUGGAACGCGGGCCAAGCCAGUGUGCAAUGGGAACUGUGAGUCCUUCCACUUCAAAUGCAGAGAUGGCUGCUGCGUUGAUAGUUUCCUGGAAUGCGAUGAAACUUCAGAUUGUGCAGAUGGAUCAGAUGAGGCGUAUUGUGAGCUGUAUGCAAUAGAGUUCACGAAACUACGGAAAAUCAAUGUUACGACCACACAAGGUCACUGUGUGGAUUUACCAGACACUGGGAUGUGCCAAGAGAGCAUCCCCCGCUGGUACUACAACCCAUUCACCGAGAAAUGUGACCGCUUCACCUAUGGGGGCUGUGAAGGCAACCGAAAUAACUUUGAGGAAGAAGAAGAGUGUCUGAAAUCAUGUGCAGGCAUCACAAAGGCAGAUGUGAUUGGCCAGAGAUGGGGAGCAUAUGGGACCCAGCAAGCUGGCUUGAGUGCUUUCGAGGUGGCUAUUGCAGUGCUCCUUUGUAUCUGCAUAAUGGUAGUCCUGGUCAUCAUUGGCUACUUCUUCCUGAAGAAUAGAAAGAAGAACAGCCGGCGACGCCAACCUACCACUGCUACCAACUCAACCCUCUCCACCACAGAGGAUACUGAGCACCUGGUUUACAACAGUACAACCAAACCCAUCUGACCCCAAGCACUUCCCUCAGAUUGGGCACAGUUCCAUGUACUGUUUGUAUUAGAAACAAAGGCCUAUGCCUGAAGGACUCUUUGCCUCCUUUUCUGUUAGAAGAUAUUUGUAGCAUGGCAGUAGACACUAGCCAUGUCCCAAGUGCUCGUGGUUGCUCUUGAAGCUGAAGGUAUGGGGAAGGAUUUUAGUUCAUCUCUUGACCUUUUUCCCCUUCUUCAUCUCGAGCAAUCCAGUCACAGCUCUGAAUGAUUUUGUGCCUUCCACUCUAAGCAAGAGCGGCAGAAGGAUUUGCUGUACCUACUGAAGGGGCUGUGGUUUGACUUUUACGUGGCAUUAAUUUUUCUGCAGGCCCACCAGAGCCAGCUUUUUUUUUUUUUUCCCCCUGUGACAUGUAAAUCUGCCCACUCUGGGUCUAUCCAACCACCUCCUCAUAUCCAUCCCGUCCCCAAACCACCUUCCCUAGGUGGUCCUGUCCCAAUGCCAAACUUGGGGGUCUCAGUGAGAAUUUGUCUGGGCUUGCAUUGCUUCACGUGACUGGCUCAGUCAGUGCUGUGAACUAUGUGCCAGUCUUUCAAAUGAUCUCUCUUCCUAUGACAGGAAAGACAGGAUUGUCUACAUUUUGAUUGCUGUUUGAGUUUUGAACAGAUAUUACAGAAAUGUGCAACUAAUAUCUCCCCAAACGAUCUGCAGUACGAGUUUUACAUGCGCCCUCCUUUGUCUUCCCCUUCUCAAGGCUUGCCAUGUGUCUGUUUUUCAGGAUGACAGUCUAGUCUCUGAACACUCUUUGCAAAUGUGCAUAUUCUUACUCAAAGUGAAUGGAAGGCUGUGUCCCUAGUUUUCU